CCAUCCACGCUCUGGCCUCUACCUUACCACAAUCCCCAUAUGGUCGAAGCAGCUCUGGGCCUUAUUCGUCGAAAAUUUCUGCCGUACACUCAGUGUCCAGAGUUUCUCCAAAUGAACGCGCAACAACUGAUCGCGUUGAUCAGAUCGGACAAUGUGGACGUGUGCAGCGAGGAUCAGGUGCUGGAAGCGGUGCUGCGCUGGGUGGAUCACGACCGUCCAGGACGAUUGGUGCACCUGCACGCCGUCCUGCAGGUGGUGCGUGUUCCCUUCCUGAGUGACAAGUGCCGACAGGACUACGCGCUGGCUCUUGGGAGUGCAUCGGCCGGGAAUCCGCAGGGUCCUCCAAAAAGCGCCGCUUAA